AUGGCUAUCCAAGAAAUUGGCCUUUCAAUUUUGGGAAAAAUUGCAGAGAAGUGUAUCGAUCCAAUUCUGCGACAAUUUCAGUACUUAAUUUUCUGCAAAAGCAAUGUUAAAAGUCUGAGCGAUAACAUCAAAAAACUUGAGCAAAAGGAAACUGAGGUGCAACAAAAGGUAGAUCGAGCAAAAGACAAUGCUGAAGAGAUUAAACCAAUCGUUGUUGAUUGGCUGAAACAAGUUGAGGAUGCAAAGAAAGAGACACAUACUAUUUUUGAGGGUAUGGGGAAUGUUAAGGUGAAUUGCUUUAAAAUUGUUAGGCUUCCGAAUUUGAAGUCACGUUAUUUGAUAGGCCGCCAUGCUGCCAAAAGAGCAAAUGAUGUUGAAAAACAUCUCAGAGAGGGCCAAUUUGGUGAAGUUGGAUACCUUCCUCCAUUGGGGAAAAUGUCUUUAAGUAAAUCAACCCCAUCCUUUGAGGAAAGCCUAAUUACUAGGAUGUCAAAGAAGAGGGAAGUGAUGGAAGCUCUAAAGCAGGAUAAAACAAGUUUGCUCGCGAUUUGUGGUAUGCCCGGUGUAGGCAAGACAUUUUUGUCGGAGCAAAUUGCCGACCAGGUUAAGUCUAAGAAACUGUUUGAUCGCGUGCCCUUUGUAACUGUGUCUCAAAAUCCAGACAUAAGAAAUGUCCAAGAUCAAAUUGCUGAGCAGUUAGGGAUGAAGAUAACUGAGCGAACUGAUCGUGCCAGAGUUGAAAGAUUGUAUGCGAGACUGACCAAUAGUGACGAGAGAAUUCUUGUUGUAUUGGAUGACAUUUGGAAAGAACUUGAUCUUAAGAGUCUAAGAAUUCCCGUCAAAGGUGAAUGCAAGAGCUUAAAAGUCAUACUGACGUCUCGGUUCAAAGAUGUUUGUAGCGGCAUGGGAGCUGAAAUUUUUGAGGUGGAUGUCUUGCGUAUAGAAGAAGCAUGGCAUCUUUUUAAAGAGGUUGCAGAAAUUUCUGAUGAUUCUGCUUCGAGUGGUGUUGCAAAGCAGGUUGCAGAGGAAUGCAAAGGUCUACCUCUUGCAAUCGUUGUUGUUGCCAAGGCAUUAAAGAGCAAUCAUACUCCAGAAUCCUGGGAUCGUGCCCUUCGGCAACUAAAAGAGUACACAAUUAGAGAACUAGAAGGAGAUGAACAUUUAGUGUUUUCAAGAAUUAAGUUUAGCUAUGACUAUUUAAAAAGCGCUGAAGCUAAGUCAUUACUUUUGCUUUGCAGUUUGUUUCCAGAGGAUUAUAGUAUUCCAAUCGAAUGUUUGGUUAGAUAUGGUAAAGAGCUAGAAUUGUUCCCAGAUAGACGGAGGUUAGUAGAUGUAAGAGACAAGGUAGACACGCUUAUUGGUCACCUGAAAAGCUCCUAUUUGUUGUUAAAUGAUGCUACAAAAGAAGACUCUGUAAAAUUGCACGAUGUCGUGCGAGAUGUGUGCUUGUCAAUUGCAUCAAAAGCAGAGCAUGAGUUCUUAGUGAGCAAUUCUGGAGUGGGAGAAAAGAAUUCUUACACAGCAAUUUCGCUAGUAUCGCAACAUUCCAGUCAUGAUCUACUUCCAUUUUGCAAGGAAUAUCCAAAGCUUAGGCUGUUGCGCUUGGUAUUCCGAUUUGGGAAAUUGAACCUACCAAGAGACUCUUUUGUAGGAAUGGAAGCUCUCAGGGUCAUGGAAUUAAACCACUCGCAAAUUGAAUUUCCACUAUCAUGGCCUGGCCAAAUGCUAAGGAGCCUUCGGACACUGUGCCUGGAUGAUUGUGUAUUGGGCACUGGAUUGUCGUCAAUGCUUGGACACAUGACCCAGCUGGAAACUUUGAGCCUCUUUGAAUCCAAAAUUCUGGAUGAUCAGUUUCCAGCUGAAAUCGGUCAGUUGAGUAAUUUAAAGUUGUUGGAUUUGAGGGUCAAAAGUAGCCUCCAUCCCUUGCCUAGUGGUAUCUUGUCAAGCUUGAAGAAACUAGAAGAAUUGUAUUUGGGAUCUGGUGAUCAUUUGCGGCUAGGGAGAGAUAAAGAAGAGGAAAGAAGGUGCCUUAAAGAGAUGUCAUCAAUCUCUAACCUUGCAUGUCUCCAGAUUGCUUUGUAUGACCUUAGCCUCCUACUUCUAUCUUUGCAAGAAUUUGAUACUCAGAGGUUGUUAAGAUUUGACAUUGCAGUAUAUGAUUCUGAAAGAGCACUGGCAUUUCACAGCAAAACCUAUCAAUUUCGGAAAAGCUUCGAGCUUUAUCUGUCAGAUCAUGGUGAUGAAGGGUUGAAACAAAUUUUUGACCACCCCAAUGUUACUAGCAUUGUCAAGAGAACUGAGAAUCUCAUUUUACGUCUUUCUGAAUCAUCAUGCUUGAGGAAUCUUGUGCCUGACUUGGGUGAAAACGGGUUCAUCAAUUUGAAAAAGCUUUAUCUAGACAGUGGACAAUAUGAAUGCCUUAUUUAUUCUACUGCCAACCUUGUUGCCCGACGUGUUUUUGAAAAUUUGGUGUCCAUGGAGUUACUAAGGUUGGAGUUGAAAGAAAUAUGUAAGGGAUUUCUUCCACCUGGGUGCUUCAGUCAACUUCAAGAGGUGAGAUUUUUUAGAAUAAGUGCUUUACAGUGCUUGUGGAAGGGACCAGUCAAACCUCCAUCGCUUUGCAACCUCAGAUCUAUUAAGGUAGAGGAUUGUGAUCAAAUUACGACUCUCUUCUCAGAAUCAGCACUGAAAUGUCUGGUGAAACUCCAAAGGAUAUACGUAUAUGGGUGUCAAAAUUUGGAGAGAAUUGUUCUGAGGGAGGAAAGUGUGACAGAGGAAGUGCUUGAGCUACCCCAACUCAAAGUGUUAGACUUACGCCAUACAAAUUUUAUUGGUUUUGGCUCUGAAGAUGAUAAAGCCGUGGCUUUUUUUGACCAGGUGAACACCGAAAACACACUUGAAUAUGCACUUUCUUUCUCAAUAUGA